CCCGUCUAUCAUCGGCCGACCAACCCAUCGGCCGUGGCCGUGUACGCGAGCCGAGAGUGGCGGACCGUCUGAUCGGUUUAGAUGGGGAACUUUUUUUUUUCUUUUCCCCCCGUCUGGGGAUCUGGGGAGCCGGGGUGUUGGGGGGUGCCGUGACCGCGAGGAUAUAAACUUCCUUCUCUUCCCUCCCCUCCUGCUCGUUUCCUUUCUCUCUCUCUCUCAUCAUCGUGAUCAUCCUCUCAACCAAUCCUCCUCGUUCGACUUGGGACUUUGACUUCAAUUUACUUGGAUCACCCUCUACCACCUACUUACUCCUUUUAUCACUACUCCAGUGAACAUCGCCGCAAUGCCUGGUGGUGCUGUUAUGUCCCCCGAGGGCAGCGUCGACGAGCGUCGCGUCGAGGCCCCGGUUACUAUCAAGACGUACCUGAUGUGCGCCUUUGCUGCCUUUGGUGGUAUCUUCUUCGGUUAUGAUUCUGGUUACAUCUCCGGUGUCCUUGGUAUGGACUUCUUUAUCUCUACUUUCGAGGACCUGGACCCAUCCCUGGCUACUACCAACCCCGACGCUUUCGUCGUUCCCUCCUGGAAGAAGUCUCUCAUCGUCUCUAUUCUCUCUGCUGGUACUUUCUUCGGUGCUCUGAUCGCCGGUGAUCUGGCUGACUGGUUCGGUCGUCGUACCACCGUCAUCGCUGGCUGCUUCGUCUUCAUCAUCGGUGUUGUCCUCCAGACUGCCUCCUCCAGCCUCGGUCUCCUCGUUGCUGGUCGUCUCAUUGCUGGAUUCGGUGUCGGAUUCGUUUCCGCCAUCAUCAUUCUGUACAUGUCCGAGAUUGCUCCCCGCAAGGUCCGCGGUGCUAUCGUCUCUGGCUACCAGUUCUGCAUCACCAUCGGUCUCAUGCUGGCCUCCUGCGUGGACUAUGCCACCGAGAACCGUACCGACUCUGGCUCCUACCGUAUCCCUAUUGGCCUGCAGAUGCUCUGGGCUCUCAUCCUCGCAACCGGUCUCUUCUUCCUGCCCGAGUCCCCCCGUUUCUUCAUCCGCAAGGGCAACAAGGAGGCCGCCCGUGAGGCUCUCUCCCGCAUCCGUGGCCAGGCUCCCGACUCCGAGUACAUCGAGCUCGAGCUGAACGAGAUCGAGGCCAACUACCAGUAUGAGAUGACCGUCAUCCCCGACUCUGGCUACUUCGACAGCUGGAUCAACUGCUUCCGCGGUAACAUCUUCCACCCCAACUCCAACGUCCGCCGUACCGUCCUCGGUACCUCCCUCCAGAUGAUGCAGCAGUGGACCGGUGUCAACUUCGUCUUCUACUUCGGCACCACCUUCUUCAAGCAGCUCGGCACAAUCCAGAGCCCCUUCCUGCUCAGCAUGAUCACCACCAUUGUCAACGUGCUCUCCACCCCCAUCUCCUUCUACGCCAUCGAGAAGGUCGGUCGUCGCCCCCUCCUCCUCUGGGGUGCUCUGGGCAUGGUCAUCUGCCAGUUCAUCGUCGCCAUCAUCGGUGUCACCGACGGCGAUAACCCGCAGGCCGUCUCCGCCAUGAUCGCCUUCAUCUGUAUCUACAUCUUCUUCUUCGCCAGCACCUGGGGUCCCGGUGCCUGGGUCGUCAUCGGCGAGAUCUUCCCUCUCCCCAUCCGUUCCCGCGGUGUCGCCCUCUCCACCGCCUCCAACUGGCUGUGGAACUGCAUCAUUGCCGUCAUCACCCCUUACAUGGUCGACGCGGACCAGGGUAACCUCGGCGCCAAGGUCUUCUUCAUCUGGGGCUCCCUGUGCACCUGCGCUUUCGUCUACACUUACUUCCUCAUCCCCGAGACCAAGGGUCUUACCCUCGAGCAGGUCGACAAGAUGAUGGAGGAGACUACCCCGCGUACCUCCGCUGGCUGGAAGCCCCACUCCACCUUCGCCGAGCAGAUGGGCGUCAACUACGACGAGAAGGUCGUUGGCGAGCCCCACGUCGCCCAGAUCGAGGUCUAAUCCUGCAAGACGUCUUAUCUCUGAGAUGAUGUCCAAGCUUAUGUCCUGCUUGUUCUUGUUUCCAUCACAAAAACUUACAAAAAAAGUGGAAUCAGCGGGCAACAAAAGCUUGGCCUGUCAUACCGUCUUGCCGUGGUGUUGGGGAUUGUUGAAAUCCGACAUCUCCACCCGCGCCCUUCUUACCUCUUUGCUUCGUGCAGGCUGGUCCGGUUGUUUAGCGAAUACCAGGGGUGUUUAUGCGUGUACGUGUUUAUGCCGCUAUUUUGUUACAGUUUAAUGUGGAUGUAUCUUUAUUAAUUGAAAUCUUUUUUUUCAAUCCUAUUGAAA